UACAGUGUGAGUACUUUUGCGCGACGGUCACGUGGUCCAUCUACUGGUGAUGUCAUGUUACCACCCCCCAAAAUUGAGCCUCCCGAGUAUGUCAACGCAAAAAAAAGAUCAAAAUAGGCACCGGCGGGAUUGCACUGUCCGACCCCGACUGGGACUGUACCAAAGGUGACCACCAGGUGGCAGCAAACUCGCAACACAACUUCACUUUCCGAUACUCAGUUUCCAAAGUAGAUCCUUCAGGAUUCUUUAAUUUCUUAUUCAUUGUCCUUUAUCAGCCGUUUAAUUAUUUUCUUUCAUUUAUUGAUCAUUUAUGUAUUCAUUUAAACUCAUUUAUUUGCCAAUCAUUCAUUCCUUCGACUAUUCAUCCACUCACGAUUCAUCCAUUCAUUCAUUGCUUGUCUUUGAGCAGCUUCAUCACUUCCCAGUCUUCAUCAUGCAGCGACGAAGGCCACCACCAGCUCAACUUUCCCGCUUUCUCUUUACUUUGUGCGUGCGCAUGCUCGUGCGCGUGCACGCGACAGGUUACUAUUUAGCUUGAAUGGCGAGCGCGUUGAAGGCAGAGAGAAGUCGGAAGCCGUAGAUUGUCGCUCGUCAUCGUCAGUGUCGUCCUCCUGCUCGAUGGCGGUCCUUCCCCUGCGGGUGCGGAUGUUCCGCGUUGUGUGGCGUCUCAAGAGCGUCUUGAUCGUGGCCUUUGGUCCGCUGCUCCUGCUGCCGCUCGCCCUCAGCACCAAGGAGGCAGCGUGCGCGUACGUCAUCCUGCUGAUGGCGCUGUUCUGGUGCACCGAAGUUUUGCCGCUGGCCGUCACCGCGCUGCUGCCGACCAUCUUGUUUCCCCUGCUCGGAAUCAUGCAGUCCAAAGACGUAAGCGCGCUUGCACGCACAAAAGAGGACAAUAAGUGGGAACAAAUUCUGAGGUGUCUCCCCCUGCAGGUGUGCAUGCAGUACCUGCGAGACAGCAACAUGUUAUUCGUGGGCGGGCUGAUGGUGGCGGUGGCCGUGGAGCACUGGAACCUCCACAAACGCAUCGCACUCAAAGUUCUACUCCUGGUGGGAAUCAGGCCCGCACGGCUGAUGCUGGGCUUCAUGAGCGUGACAGCCUUCCUGUCCAUGUGGAUUAGCAACACAGCCACGGCCGCCAUGAUGGUCCCCAUUGUGCACGCCGUGCUGGACCAACUGCAUGGCCACGACGACGCUGAGGAAGGACAGGCGAAGACGAGCGAAGACGCCGCCUCUAGAAAGCAGAGCGCCUUUGUCAUCCAGAUGCCUGAAGCGGACGCUUCCGAAAGAACGGGCGAAGGUACGGAAGAAGCCGCAGUUGAGACUGCAUCCCAUGAGGACGUGACGAUGUCAUCGCUCAAAGUGCCACCGCAGGACAAACCUCCAUCUGCGCCGAAAGGUCAGGGUGCACUUUCCGCCCCGUUGAGCACGUCGGAGUUGGAAGAGGUGGACGAGGUGGACGAGGAACGCAAGCGUUUGAGCAAAGGUCUGCUACUGAGCGUGUGCUACGCGGCCAGCAUCGGCGGCAUCGCCACGCUCACCGGAACUGGACCCAACCUGGUUCUGCUGGGUCAGAUGAGCCAGCUGUUCCCACAGAGCGGCGGUGUCAUCAACUCGGCGUCCUGGUUUGUCUUCGCCUUCCCUACCAUGAUGAUGAUGCUCGCGAUGGCCUGGAUUCUCCUGCAGCAAGUCUUCAUAGGACGCAGGGCAGAAGGCGAAGGCGAAGGAGCAAGCGGCGCGCGAUGCCAUCGGAGAAGAGCACCAGCGCCUAGGUCCCAUGACCUACGGCGAGGCCAGCGUGAUGGCGCUCUUCCUCCUCAUGGUGGUGCUGUGGUUCACGCGGGAGCCGCGCUUCGUGGACGGCUGGGCCUCGCGGAUGUUCAACGCCGAUGCAGAGUUCGUCACGGACGCCACUGUCUCCCUCAUGGUGGCGCUCUUACUGUUCAUCCUGCCGUCCCAGCCGCCCAAAUAUCUCUGCUACUGGAGGCAAAACUCAGACCCGGACGCGCAGGUGUCCAGAGGCCCCGCCCCCCCGCUGUUGACGUGGAAGGUGGCGCAGGCCAAGAUUCCGUGGAACAUCGUGCUGCUGCUGGGCGGAGGCUUUGCGCUGGCCAAAGGCAGCGAGGAGUCCGGUUUAUCGCGCUGGUUGGGCUCCCAGAUGACGCCACUUCACUCCAUCCCGCCGUGGGCCAUCACCGUAGUCCUAUGCCUCCUCACUGCCACCUUCACAGAGUGCGCCAGCAACGUGGCCACGGCAACGCUCCUCCUGCCGAUCCUGGCUUCCAUGUCUCAGUCCAUCAGCGUGAAUCCUUUGUACGUGAUGAUCCCGUGCACUUUGAGCGCAUCGUUCGCCUUCAUGCUGCCCGUGGCCACGCCUCCCAACGCCAUCGUCUUCUCUUCUGGGUACCUCAAAGUAACCGACAUGGCAAAAACUGGCGUGGUGAUGAACAUCAUCGGCAUUGUGUGCAUCAGCGUGGCCAUCAACACCUGGGGUCGCGUCUUGUUCUCUCUGGACUCCUUCCCCGAGUGGGCCAACGCCACCACGCCCAUUUAGCUCCACCCCUUAAGCUGCUUACAUUUGUCGUGUACUGCUGAAUGUGUCAGCAAAAUCUUAUUUUCUCUAGCAGACAAUAUGUUGGAAAUGUAUGUUUUGAUACAAACAAUUGGUAAGAAUCUAUCCUUUUUGUUUAUUUGGAGAAGAACAUUUGUCAUAUUAUAAACUUUAUAUUUAACACAUUCAUGUUAAUAUUAUUUUCCUUCAGCCUCAACUUUGAGGUUACGAUUUUGUUAAUAUUGUUUUACUGUUUAAAGCACAGUAUGUGACUUUUGUCACAGGUGUAGAUGAUUGUACAUAUGUAACGUUCUAACACUUUUAUGCCCUUUUAAAUAAACAUUUCACACAAAA